AUGCCCCUGCGCUUCGCGGGCGGCUUCUCCACAGCCCUCAAGGUCGAGGGCCGGCGGCGGCCGGGCGGGCGGCAGCGCGCAGCCCCGGGGCCCGUGUUUUCGGAGGCUGGCCCCGCCAUCAAGGGCUGUGCUGGGACCCCCAAGCCGGCAGCUGCAGGGGGCGUGUGCCGGAGGGUGCUCGGCGCGGCUGCCCAGGCUGACUGCGGGCCGGGCUCCCUCUCUCCCGCAGUGCCCGCCGGCCCCACAUGCGCAGCCUCACGCCAGGCCACCUGCGGUGCCGGCUGCAUCCCCAUUCCCUGGCUCUGCGAUGGCGAGCAGCAGUGUCCCGAUGGGACGGACGAGCAGUGCGAUGUUGCCUGUGGUGGGGACCCCCACGUUUGGCAGUGUGACGAUGGCCAGUGUGUUUCUAGCAGCUGGCGUUGCGAUGGUGCUGCUGACUGCCUGGAUGGCUCUGACGAGCAGGACUGCGUGUGUGGGGCUAAAAAGGUGCAGUGUCCCGGUACCCACCACUGCAUCCCGCACUGGGAGCUGUGCGAUCGGCACCAGGACUGCGAGGACGGCUGGGACGAGGAGGGGUGUCCCCAGCAGCCCUGUCUGCCCGGGCAGUGGCAGUGCAGGAACAGGGUGUGCAUCAUGGCCGAGUGGAAGUGCAACGGGAUUGAUGACUGUGGUGAUUCCUCGGAUGAAGAUGUCUGUGCCCCCUGCCCACCUGGCAUGGUGCGGUGUGAUGAGGGGAAGUGUAUCCUGGAGUCACUGAUGUGCAAUGACGAGGACGACUGCCUGGACGGCACUGACGAGCCCAGCACGUGUGGUCGGAGCUGCUUUGUACGCAACGGGGGCUGCGCAGAGACGUGCACUGACACGCACUGGGGUGUGCAGUGCUCCUGUGGGGCCGGCUGGGUGCUGCAGGCGGACGGGCAGAGCUGUGCUGAUGUGGAUGAGUGCUCCCUGGAGUACAGCCCCUGCAGCCAGCUGUGCAGGAACACCCCGGGCGCUUUCAGCUGCACCUGCCUCCAGGGCUACACCCUGUGGCAUGGCACUGCCUGCGAAGUGGCAGACAACGCGACACAGAUCCUGGUGGCCGUGGGGCAGGACCUGGCCCUUCUGGAUGUGCGGACCCAAGCCUACCGGCCCCUGCUCUCCACUGAGACCGAACCCCGCGCCUUGGUGUAUGACCUGCUCCGAGAAACCUACUACUGGCUGACAGAGGAUGGCGAGCUCCACACUCACCUCCCGGGGAAGGGCACGCGGCCCCUCUAUGCAGAUGCUGGGGAGGUGAACAGCAUCUCCGUGGACUGGUUCACAGGGCAGCUGUACUGGGCCAGCAGCCACCCUGCAGCCAUCUGCGUGGGGCUGGGCGAUGGCCGGGGCUAUGUGACGGUGCUGGGGAAGGAUGUGGCACCGGAGCAGCUGACAGUGCAUCCGGCUGCAAGGUCCCUGUACUGGGUCAACCGCGGGCAGAGGGGCCGGACAGUCAUUUCUGCAGCUGGCAUGGAUGGCUCAAACCGGCAGGAACUCACAGUGGUGUCCAUGGAGGAGCCUGUGGGGCUGACCCUGGACCAUGUGGCUGGCAGGCUGUACUGGAUCAGCGAGUACAAGGAGUCCAUCGAGACGCUGCAGGUGGAUGGCAGCGGGCGCCACUCCUUUCCCGCUGUCCUGCGGAGCCACAUGGAGCCACUGGGCCUGGCUGUGUUCGAGAGCCGGUUCUUCUGGACCGACGGCACGGAGUUGGUGUCAGCGACCUGGGCCUCUCCCCAGGAGCACGCAGUGUUGCUCCGCGCCCCUGUCACGGCUUUCACUGUGCUGCACGCACUGCAGCAGCCUCCCCGGGACACUGCUGCAUGUGCUCCGGGCCUGUGCAGUCACCUUUGCCUCCUGUCCCCUGUGCACCCUCGGGGCUACAAAUGUGCGUGUCCAGAGGGCCUCUUCCUCCUGCCCUCGGGGAAGUGUGCAGAGCUGUCCAUCGUAUAUGCGUCGGGGAAGGCCAUCUCCCUCGUGCAAGUGGGCCCUGGAGCACACAGCAAACGGCUGCAGGAGUGGCGGGAGCCCCUCCACCUGCAAGAUGUGGACUGGCGGCGGUCGGUGCUCUACGGGACGGAUGACCGUGGGACACUGCUGCGUGUCGUGGGGCACCCUGGCAGGAGAGAGACCAUUGCAACUAGGCUGCCAGUCUGCUCCGCCCACGUGGACAUCCGCUCGGGGGACCUGUACUGGCUCGCAUGUAACCGGAGGGACAUCGGGGUGAUCCAGGCAUCUGACAUGUCCCCACGCAUCCUGCACCGUGCUCGCAGCAGCAUCCAGCACCUCUUCUUGGACUGGCAGCGGGGCACCCUGUACUGGCUGGCCCGUGGGCAGCCCCUGCAGCAGCUGAGCCUGGCUGGGGGUGCCCCACGGGAUGCCUGGAAUGAGACGUGGCCUGGAGACCUGCCUGCAGUCAUGGAUAGCAGAGCCUUCAGCCUGCUUUGGAGCUCAGCCCUGGGCCUGCGGGCACUGAGUCUGACCAAGCGGCAAGCAGUCACCCUGGCACCCAGCUGGUCCCAUGGCCUCGUGGCUGCCUUCGAGCCAUACCUGGUGUCGGCAAAUGGGACGGCUCUGCUGCUGUGGGACCGGAGGACGCUGGCCCUUGUGCUGUCCCUGCCAGCAGCAGGUGUGCAGGGAGUGGUGGUCUUCGUGGGCUCGGAGCCGCAGGCUGUCCCCCACCUGUCCUGUCCUCGCACGCAUGUGCCCUGCCGUGACGGAACUGAGUGCGUGGCCCAGGAGUACAUGUGCGAUGGGGAGAAAGACUGUGCGGAUGGCUCUGAUGAGGAUGGGUGCGCCCAGCUCUGCGACACCCCAGGGGCCUUCCACUGUGCGAGUGGAGCCGUGUGCGUCGGGGCUGGGGAGCGCUGCGAUGGGGUGCCGCAGUGCCCCGAUGCCUCAGAUGAGACAGGCUGCUGGAGCCCCACACAGGAGUGUGCCCUGCGCUGCGACGCUGCCACCCGCUGCGUCCCCGAGAGCUGGCUGUGUGACGGCCAUGCUGACUGCCUGGACCACACCGAUGAGCAGGGCUGUGGUGAGACCCUGGCGCUGGUGCUGAAGAAGUGCGGCCCGGCUGAGUUCUCCUGCCGGAGUGGGCAGUGCGUGGCCCUGGCCCUGCGCUGCGAUGGCGACCGUGACUGCCGGGAUGGCUCGGAUGAGGAGGGCUGUGCCGUGCCCCGGCCGCUGCUCUGCCGCAUGGGCGAGGUGGCGUGUCCCCACAGCGGGGAGUGUGUGCCGGAGGCCUGGCGCUGCGACAGUGCCGCCGAUUGCGGGGAUGGCACAGACGAGCAGGGCUGUCACCAGGAGGAAGGGCUGUGUGGGGACCGGCAGUGGGGCUGCUCCCAUGGCCACAAGUGCAUCCCUGAUGUCUGGCGCUGCGACGGAGAGAAUGACUGCACAGAUGGCAGCGAUGAGGCUGGCUGCUAUCGGCUGGCCGAGGACGGUCUGUCCUGCAUGGACAUAGACGAGUGCACAGAGUGGGGUGAGGAAGCCUGCAGCCAGACGUGCCUCAAUGCCCCAGGGUCCUACAGCUGCGGCUGUCUCCCUGGCUACCUGCUGGAGCCCGAUGGCCGUGUCUGCAAACUCGGUGGUCCAGAGCCCAUGCUGCUGGUGGCUGUGCAGUCAGAGCUGUUGUCCUGUGGCCUGCGGAGUGGGCACGAGGAGGUGCUGCUGCCCACUGACAAGGACCGCGUUGUCUUCUCACUCGACUAUGACCUGGUGGAGAGGAAAAUCUUCUGGAUGGACCUGGCCACAGAGAGCAUCCGCUGGCAGGACUUCGACUUGGGAAAGAAAGGCACACUGGUGAAAGGUGUGAGGUCGGACUGUAUAGCAGUGGACUGGCUUGGGAGGAACCUGUACUGGACAGAUGGGGCAGCAGGGCAGGUGCUGGCCACUCGCCUGGGGGCUGCCUGGCGAGGGAUACCGGAGUACACUGUGGUGAUGGAUGGAGACCUGGACCGGCCCCACUCCCUGGUGCUCCAGCCUCUGGCAGGGCUGCUGUACUGGUCAGAGGUGGGGAGCCACCCACGGCUGAUGGAGGCCACCAUGGAUGGGAGUCGGCGGCAUGUGCUGCUGGCCCAGGGGCUGGGCUGGCCUACAGCACUGGCCCUCGACCUCCCCACCUGGAGGAUCUUCUGGCUGGAUGAGAAGCUGGGCAGUGUCGGUUCUGCACGUCUGGAUGGCACCGGUGUGAAGGUCCUGCAGCUGGGCUGGGUCCAGAGCCCCUUUGCAGCAGCUGUGUGCGAGGGCGAGCUCUACUGGUCGGAGAGGAAGGCAUGGUCUGUGCAGCGGGUGGACAAGGCCAGCGGCAAGAACAGGACCGUGCUGCUCAAGCGACACGGGGAGCCCCAUGGCCUCCAGGUGAUACACCCAGCCCUGCGCCCCGUGGCCGCUAACCCGUGCGUGACGCGUGGUUGUUCCCACCUGUGCCUGCUGAGUGCCAGGCACACUGGGCAGUGCCGGUGCCCCGCCGGGCUGACACUGGCCGCUGAUGAGACCACUUGCCUGCCCCUCCGUGAUUCGGCGUUUGCCCUCCUGGUGUCACCGGCAGCUGUGGCGCAGGUCUACCUGAAGGACCUGCCCACAACGGCUGGAUCCCAUGGCCUUCCCCCACACCGGGCCCUGCCCUUGGCCAAGGUGGGCCGCCUGACAGCCGUCGACUACGCAGUGAAAGACAAGAGCCUGUACUUUGCGGAGGUGGGGGGUGACUCCAUCGGGCUGCUGCGCCUGAAGGACUGGGACCGGCUGUCCUGGAAGCAGGCGGUGGCUGUGGAGGGCACGGUGACAUCCCUGGCCCUGGACUGGCUGAGCGGGAACCUGUACUGGAUCGGGGGGCAGCCGCCCAGCAUCCAUGUGGCAGCUCCCGGGGGGCGGUGGGCCCUGGCGCUGCUCAGCAAGGGGCUGCAGGGCGCUGCCUGGCUGGCGCUGUGCCCUCGUGCCUCCACCAUGUGCUUUGUCACGGCAGGCUCUGGCAGCCGCGGGCCCGGCGCCAUGGUGGAGUGUGCGGCCAUGGACGGCACCGGCCGCAGAGUGGUCUGGAGGAAAGCCCGGGCUCCCACUGGCCUCGCCUUUGGGGGUGCUGGCAGCCGGCUGUACUGGGCAGACCGCGAGAGAGGCACCAUCAGCAGCGUCGAGCUGGAUGGGUCCCGCUUCCGGGUGGUGCGGGAAGGGCUGCACGGCCUCUCGCUCUUCGCCGUCGGAGAAGGCUUUCUGCUCUGGAGCACGACCUCAACCAACGGCUCCAGCAAGAUCUGGCACAGCCGGCUGGAGCGGGCCGAGAGCUGGUGGUUCCCAAUGGAGCAGGAGUUGGUAGCCAUGAGGAUUUACAGUCAGUUCUCGCAGGAAGGCACCAACGGCUGUGCGAAGAGCAACGGAGGCUGUGCCCAGCUCUGCCUACCCAACCCUGCAGGGCGGCUGUGUCGCUGCUCCCCCGGCUACCACCUGGUGCGUGGGGUGGCAUGCACGCUGGCAGUGCCCUGCCCGACCCCGCUCCAGCCCUGCCCUGACCUCCGGAGCUGCAUCUCUGGAGAGCAGGUCUGCGAUGGGCACCCUGACUGCGCCGACGGCUCCGAUGAGUCUGACUGCUCCUCUGUGGAGGUGAGGAAGCAGGUCCCCACGGUGGCACCAUCAGGAAUGUCCCAUGUGGAAGAACAGAAAACAGCCUUACCCACAGCUGCACUCAAGCCUCAGCAGCCCAGCCCCAGCCUGCCCACAGCCCCGGGCCCCCGGAAGCAUGGAGAGCCCUUCCUGGUACCCCCCAGCACUGAGGAGGUGCUGGGGGCCAUGCCGUGCAGCAGCGAGACGUGUAACCUGCGUGGGGACUGCGCCAUCGAGGGUGGGCGAGUGACGUGCCACUGUGCCCUGGGCUAUCGUGGUGACUACUGUGAGGAGGCAGAGGUGCAGCCGGUUGCAGGACCUAUCGCCCUGGGGGUGGCCGUGCUCCUGCUGCUCGCUGCAGCUGCUGUGGGGGCCCUGGCUUACAUGCGGAGGCGGGACAGGCGGAGGAGGACCUCAAGCACUGCCUCCACCCGGGUGCUGACCUUGUACCACCGUGAAAGCGACCCUGAGGAAGAGGACGAGGAGGAGGAAGAGCUUCCCCCCAAGAGUGAUACCUUUGUCAAUGAAGCUUACGAUGGGAAAGAGGUGAGCAGCAUCUGCAGCAAGCCCUGGCCCAGCGCUGGCAUGGUGCCCACUGUUGAGGCAAGCUCUGCCCUCCUGCUGGGGGAGAGGGGCAAGACCUGGGGGUGCCUGGAGCCUGGCUGGUACAGGGGCUGCCUGUGGCUGGAGCCCCUGUGCCAAGGAGCUGCCAGCCCCACUGAGGAAGGGACCAUCUCGCCCUGA